ACAACACUCACACAAACAUGGAUCCCAUCUCCCUAUUCUUCUCCCUCCUCGCCACCGCCGUCGCCGCCUUCUUCCUCCUCAAGCUCCUCCUCCCCUCCGCCCACCCCACCCUCCCCCUCCCCCCCGGCACCCUCGGCUGGCCCUACAUCGGUGAAACCUUCCAACUCUACUCCCAAAACCCCAACACCUUCUUCUCCUCCAAAAUCAAGAAGUAUGGCGCCAUAUUCAAGAGCCACAUACUGGGCUACCCCUGCGUGAUGAUCGCGAGCCCGGAGGCGACGAGGCAGGUGCUGGUGACGAAUGCUCAUCUCUUCAAGCCCACAUUCCCGGCUAGCAAAGAGAGGAUGCUGGGAAAGCAAGCCAUCUUCUUCAACACAGGCGACUACCACGCCAAGCUCAGGAAGCUCGUGCUCCGAGCCUUCACCCCCGAGGCCAUCAAGAACAUCGUCUCCGACAUCGAGUCCAUCGCCGUCGACACCCUCCGCUCAUUGGAUGGAAACCUCAUCACCACUUUCCAAGAAAUGAAAACAUAUGCGUUCAAUGUGGCAUUGCUGUCGAUUCUUGGAACGGAGGAAGCCAAGUACAGGGAGGAUCUCAAGAGGUUUUAUUACAUCAUCGAAAAAGGGUACAAUUCAAUGCCGAUCAACCUCCCGGGAACGCUCUUCCACAAGGCCAUGAAGGCAAGGAAGGAGCUGUCAAGAAUCUUGGCAAAGAUUCUGUCAGUUAGGAGGGCCACAAAGGAGCAAUACACUGAUCUCUUGGGAUCAUUCAUGGAGGAGUCCGAGGGGCUCACCGAUGAGCAGAUCGCAGACAACAUAAUCGGGGUCAUCUUCGCCGCUCGUGACACCACAGCCAGCAUCCUGACAUGGAUUUUCAAGUAUCUUGCAGAAAAUCCAAGUGUGCUGCAAGCAGUCACUGAAGAGCAAGAGGCCAUAAUCAAGGCUAAGGAGGAAAGUGGUGAGGAGAAGGUUUUGAAUUGGAAUGACACAAGGAAUAUGCCUUUGACUUCAAGGGUCAUUCAAGAAACACUCAGAGUUGCCUCAAUUUUGAACUUCACUUUCAGAGAAGCUGUGGAAGAUGUUGAAUUUAAUGGAUAUCUGAUUCCAAAAGGGUGGAAGGUGCUGCCACUUUUCAGAAACAUCCACCACAAUCCAGAAAAUUUCCCUGAGCCAGAGAAGUUUGAUCCUUCAAGAUUUGAGGCUCCUGUGAAGCCCAAUACAUUCAUCCCAUUUGGCAGUGGGGUCCACUCAUGCCCAGGGAAUGAGCUUGCCAAGCUGGAGAUCUUGGUUUUAUUACAUCAUCUCACCACAAAAUACAGGUUUUCUAUGAUGGCCCCACAGAAUGGAGUUCAGUAUGGACCCUUCCCUCUUCCCCAGAAUGGUCUGCCAAUCAAAAUAUCUCUCAAGAAAUGAGUCCAAAUGCAAAGCAUGUUUCCUGCCAAGUGGGAGACUAGUAAUAAAGAGACAUCAUCUUUUUCUGUUGCCUUUGAUCAACAAAUGGAGGCAGCCACAGUUAUAGAGAAUUGUAGAUAAAAUAUUUCAAGAAACUGAGAAAAAUAUUUAUUCACAUUUCUUCUACAGGGAUAAUAAUAAUUAUAAUAAGUAGCUAUAUAGCUAGACAAAUUCUUUGUAUUUUAGCUUUUUUGCUAUGCGAAGAAGUCCGCAAGGCAAUCAAUGAAAAUCUAUAGUCUCAGUUUUGGCAAA